AUGUCGGCGAUUUCCACUCUAAUUUCCAAUGCCUUUCUCAAGAGGAGGUAUUUCCUGUUUAUAGCCGUCGUUGUGUGCAGUUGGUGUGCUUAUUAUCAACUAGUACCAGAAGGAGCUUCAAAUUAUCAGCUCAAUGACCAACUGAGACUCUAUCACGAGAAGCAAAAAAUGUCGUUCCGAGAAGGAGCAAUCCGUGAAUCGUUGCUCUACCGUAGUUCAACACGUCGUUCGAACCGAUCUUGUGCAAGCAGUCUCGAAAUGGGACGGCCAGAUACGUUGGAACCGUUACGGGGGAAGUUGAACAAGGAUGAAUUUAGUCCAGAAUUGCUGGACACCUUGGACGAGGUGACUGACGAGGAGUCAUUGCUCCUGGAGGCAUGUCGACAAGACUCUCUCUAUCCGAUCUACUUUCAACAUAUAAAUGCCGGUAGAAUGCAGUUUGCGUUGUUAUUUCUGUUCUCGUUGUGCUCCGCCCAGACGGUGCUCACAAUUCUUCUCCAGGAAUGGAUCUUGCUGAUGUUCCUCGUUAUAAUUGAUGUUGUUGUUCUGGGAUGGACGAUUUUUCACAAAGGAAACUGUUACGUGCUCUCGUCAGUGGUCGUCGUUUGCUCUGUGGUGCUUCUCGCAUGUGCUCCUUACAUCGUACACUCAUCAUUGACACUUUUAAUACUAUUUCUUUGCUAUACUCUACUCCCACUACCUCUUCUUCCUACGGCAUUGGCAGCGGCGGUCAUUUCAGCAACUGGUCUCUCCAUACAACUGAUUAACAGUGCAAAUGGAACGUUACUUAUCUCACAUGCGAUCCUCUUUCUCGCCAUCAACAUCGUUGGAUUUCUCGUGUUUUAUCCGUUGGAGUUAGUGCAGAGAAAGACAUUCCGGGAAACGAGAAAAUUCGUGGAAACCAGGAUGAUGCUCGUUCGUGAGAUGGACAAACAGGAGAAGAUUCUACUCUCCGUACUCCCGAAACACAUAGCCUAUGAGGUGAAAAGUCAUAUGGACAAAAGUGAGGAGGGUUUAUUUCAUAGGAUCUAUAUCAAGAAACAUGAGAAUAUCAGCAUUCUAUUCGCUGAUAUUUGUGGAUUCACCAAUCUAGCCUCUGAAUAUACUGCAGAAGAACUGGUAUUGAUGCUGAACGAGUUAUUUGCAAGGUUCGACGCCUUAGCUGCACAGCAUAAUUGCAUGCGAAUCAAGAUUCUUGGUGAUUGUUACUACUGUGUCAGUGGACUUCCUGAUGUCAACCAUUAUCAUGCAGCGUGUACGGUUGAAAUGGGUCUCGACAUGAUCGAAACAAUCAAGCUUGUCCGAGAGAUGACUCGAGUAAACGUGAACAUGCGAGUCGGGAUCCACUCGGGACGAGCUCACUGCGGAGUGCUUGGUUUGAAAAAAUGGCAAUUUGACGUAUGGAGCGAUGAUGUCACAUUGGCGAAUCACAUGGAAAGCGGUGGUCUGCCGGGAAGAGUUCACAUCACAAAGGCCACGUUAGACUCUCUGAACGGAGAGUACAUCGUUGAAGAAGGACAUGGUGAGGAACGAUCCAAGUAUUUGGCAGAACACCAUGUGGACACCUAUUUGGUUGUGGAAGCGAAGAAUAAGCAAGCUACUGCUCAUCCACAAGCCAGACUGACAAUGAACAAAGAGCUUCGUCUAACGGGUCACGCCUCCAAAUUACAACGUGGACAGAGUCUUCGACAAGCUGUGAAGCCGACAAAACCGUUAAAGGAUGACGUUGAGAAUCAUCUGAAACAGGGUAUACAGGCGAUUAAUAAGGAGAAUUGGCGACAAACACAUUGCAAGCGAAUCACUCUGAAAUUCGAGAAGGAUCAUGUGGAGAAAAAGUUCCUCGAAAUCAAGGAGUCGGCGCUACUAGCUCAAAUCUGUUGCUAUUUUUUCAUCUUUAUUCUAGCAUGUUGGAUCCUAAUUAUUGGAAAAAUGAGCAGUUCAGCAAUGUUUAUUUGCAUGGGUGUAGCCUUCGUCGUACUCGUUAUUUUACUCGUCUAUAUGGCAUUAAAGGCAUUUUUGCUCAGAAACGCUAAACGAGGAGCGAAGAAGUUGAAAUGUUCUCGAAGUGUUCGAAUAUUUUUCAUUUUUGCUAUCGUUCUUCUUGCACAUUCGGCUAUCAUCAGUACUCUUGACGCAGAUCAGUGCAGUUUUGAAUGCACCGAUGGUGGUCCUAUGCUGAGCAAUUCGUCAUGUCAUGAAAUCCCGACUGGAAAAGCAGAGCUCAUUUUCGAGACGAGUCUGCUGCUGCUGCUCUCCAUAUGCGUUUAUCUAGCUCUGCUGUCCUCGUCGAAGGUAUGCAUCGCAACGGUGCUCACUGUGUCAGGGAUCACUUUACUAUGGUUAUUUCCUGGACCACAGAUCACAAAUCGACAAUUUCAUGUAUGGUUACAAAGGAAUCAAUUUUUCAAUAAUUUCACCUUAGUGGAUCAAUUGGACGCAUAUUGCAGUAAUGUGUCGACAAUUGAUGAUUUACGUAUCUUCUUCACAGUCACUGCUGCUUUCGCCGUCGUGUUGAUCCUAAUGCAAACUCGUCGUUCAGAACUGAUUUCUAGAUACGAUUUCAUCUGGAAAUUACAGGCACUACAUGAACAAGUGGAAAUGACGAAGAAACACGCACAAAACCGAUGCAUCCUAGAGAAUAUCCUACCUAGUCAUGUUGCUCGCCACUUCUUAGAGGAUAAAGUGGACAGCAAAUCCAAAGAUCUCUAUCAUGAGGCUCGAGAUUUUGCAUGCAUAAUUUUCAUCACAAUUACGGACUUCAGUAAAUUUUACAUGGAACUUGAUGCAAACAAUGAAGGAGUGGAAUGUUUACGUUUGCUCAAUGAAAUAAUCUCGGAUUUUGAUGACUUACUCGAUAGGGAUGAAUUUAAGUGCAUAGAAAAAAUCAAAACGAUCUCAACGACUUACAUGGCUGCCAGCGGAUUAUAUGGAAAGACCGAAGACAACUCACAUGUGGUUGCCGUGGCUCGAUUUGCACAAGCUUUGUUGGUGAAAAUUCAGGCGAUCAAUGAGCACAGUUUCAACAACUUUGACCUUCGUAUAGGAAUCAACGUUGGUCCAGUGGUUGCCGGUGUGAUCGGGCUCAUGAAACCGCAUUACGACAUAUGGGGUAAUUCGGUAAAUGUGGCCAGCCGCAUGGAUUCUUCUGGUGUUCCGGGCAAAAUUCAGGUCACUGAGGAAACCAAAAAUAUUCUAGAAAAAGAAGGAUUCGAGUUAGAAUGUCGUGGAGAAAUCAACGUCAAAGGCAAAGGUCUGAUGACCACGUAUUUCCUUAAUCCUUCGUCCCUCAUUUGA